AAUUGCGCACGUGUUUAGCCCGCGUAGUUGAUGCAUUGACAUGAUUGAGGCACAAACGGGUUAUAGCUCAUGGUACAGUUAAUUUUUAACGCUUGUUAAACAAUCUAAAUAUGGCAGAAUUUGUUCAUCAGAACCUAGAGGAAACUCUGUUGGAGCUAGAACAAUUGGAACGUGUUGGCUUGUUCACGAAAGCAGAAAUAAAAACAAUUGUAAAGAAGAGAACCAGUUUUGAGUAUCGCCUUGUCCGACUCAAGAAGGAUAAACAAGAUUUCCUGCGAUAUAUACAGUAUGAGAUCAACCUCCUGUCAUUAAUCAGGAAGAGAAGAGAGCGAAUUGGAUACUUCUUUAAGAAGGAUGAGAUUGAGUAUGCAAUCAUCAAACGAAUCCAGAAACUGUUCGGGAGAGCCUGCACCAUGUUCUGUGAUGAUCAGAAGCUGUGGUUCUCGCACAUGCAGUUUUGCAAGAAAUGGAACAUGAAGAACGAGUUGAGUAAAUUGUUUGCAAGGCUACUCAAGGUGCACUCCAAAAACCCCGCAUUGUGGAUCAUAGCAGCCAAGUUCCAGAUGGAGGAAAUCAUGUCGGCUGAGAACGCUAGGAGUCUGUUACUACGAGCCAUCAGGCUCCACCCACAGAACCACAAACUCCGGGUUGAGUAUUUUCGGAUGGAGCUGAUGCAUGCGGAUAAGCAAAGGAAGCGAUGGGCCUUGCUACAGCAGAGCAACAUGGAGACCACAGAGGAAGGCAUGGAAGACGCUGUACUACAAGGCAAGGUGGCCAGGGUUGUCUACAAGAUGGCUGUCCAAGACAUGCCAGCUGACAUAAGUCUUCACCUUGCUUUCGUUCCCGUCUGCAAGAAGUUUGAUUUUACAACAGAUCUGGUACAAGAGAUAUAUCAAGACUUGAUGGAAGCUCACCCGAAUAAUGAACAUGUGUGGGAUGCUGUUGCUAGACGACAUCUUACAGCAAGCCUGUUCGAGUUCGAGUCAAUCCAGCUUGCGGAAGAGAUGCAGUCUUAUGAGCUGUACGAAACGGCUGUAGAGAGACUACCAACCACCAAGAUGUGGAGUAUGUACAUUGACUGCUGCAUUGAGAGACUACAGCUUGGAGGGGCCAGGGACAUCAGCGACAAGCGAGCUGAGAAAGCCUUGCAAGUCUUUUCAGCGGCCAAUACAAAAUGUUCAUUGACAGAAGAACUCUAUUUGAAAUGGAUGAAUGUCCUUCAAAAUGUGGGUAAAAUAGAUGAAGCGAAGGAGGUAGCAGCAUCAGCUAUCGUUGCCCAUCUCCAGUCGGCCAGAGUCUGGGAAGCAUGCCUGAAAUUAUCCAUGCAAGACUCUGGAAGAGGCAGGGAGAAUCAGCAGGCUGAGGUGUCCCAACUCUUUGACAGUGCAAUCUCCUUUGUCAAAGCCAAGCAUGCACUGCCACUGUGGAGAUUGGGUCUAGACUGGUGCCUUAUCAUGAACUCUGACAACGUACAGGAGAUAUUCAAGGCUGCAAUCAAGGAGCCAGCCGUGGUCUCAACACCCAUGAAGACACUCUACUUGCAGUGGGCAGCUAUCAACAAGGAUCUCAGCAAAGCUAGAAAGAUCUAUAAGAGAUUGUUGAAGGAGAGACCGCUGUCUGUGGAUUUCUUCAAGCAGUACAUCUCCAUAGAGCAGGCCCAGUUGGAACCCAACAUGAAUAAGAUACGGCGCUGCUAUGAAGACGCACUGGCAGAAUUUGGCUCGUCCAGACCAGACUUAUGGUUGGACUUCAUUCGUCUGGAGAAGGACAGCAUGCGAGCCCCACAGAUUUACUGGAGAGCAAUGAAAGCACUGUCAGGCCCGGAGCUGGAAGACUUCACCAACGGAUGCACACUAAUACAAACAGGCCAUGCAACCUAGCCAGCAACAAGCUCACUGGAGAGCAAUGAAAGCACUGUCAGGCCCGGAGCUGGAAGACUUCACCAACGGAUACACGCUACUACAAACAGGCCAUGCAACCUAGCCAGCAACAAGCUCACUGGAGAGCAAUGAAAGCACUGUCAGGCCCGGAGCUGGAAGACUUCACCAACGGAUACACGCUACUACAAACCGGCCAUGCAACCUAGCCAGCAACAAGCUCACUGGAGAGCAAUGAAAGCACUGUCAGGCCCAGAGCUGGAAGACUUCACCAACGGAUACACGCUACUACAAACCGGCCAUGCAACCUAGCCAGCAACAAGCUCACUGGAGAGCAAUGAAAGCACUGUCAGGCCCGUAGCUGGAAGACUUCACCUACGGAUACACACUACUACAAACCGGCCAUGCCACCUAGCCAGCAACAAGCUCACUGGAGAGCAAUGAAAGCACUGUCAGGCCCGGAGCUGGAAGACUUCACCAACAGAUACACGUUACUACAAACCGGCCAUGCAACCUAGCCAGCAACAAGCUCACUGGAGAGCAAUGAAAGCACUGUCAGGCCCGGAGCUGGAAGACUUCACCUACGGAUACACGCUACUACAAACCGGCCAUGCCACCUAGCCAGCAACAAGCUCACUGGAGAGCAAUGAAAGCACUGUCAGGCCCGGAGCUGGAAGACUUCACCAACGGAUACACGCUACUACAAACCGGCCAUGCAACCUAGCCAGCAACAAACUCACUGGAGAGCAAUGAAAGCACUGUCAGGCCCGGAGCUGGAAGACUUCACCUACGGAUACACCCUACUACAAACCGGCCAUGCAACAUAGCCAGCAACAAGCUCACUGGAGAGCAAUGAAAGCACUGUCAGGCCCGGAGCUGGAAGACUUCACCAACAGAUACACGUUACUACAAACCGGCCAUGCAACCUAGCCAGCAACAAGCUCACUGGAGAGCAAUGAAAGCACUGUCAGGCCCGGAGCUGGAAGACUUCACCUACGGAUACACGCUACUACAAACCGGCCAUGCCACCUAGCCAGCAACAAGCUCACUGGAGAGCAAUGAAAGCACUGUCAGGCCCGGAGCUGGAAGACUUCACCAACGGAUACACGCUACUACAAACCGGCCAUGCAACCUAGCCAGCAACAAACUCACUGGAGAGCAAUGAAAGCACUGUCAGGCCCGGAGCUGGAAGACUUCACCUACGGAUACACGCUACUACAAACCGGCCAUGCAACCUAGCCAGCAACAAGCUCACUGGAGAGCAAUGAAAGCACUGUCAGGCCCGGAGCUGGAAGACUUCACCAACGGAUACACGCUACUACAAACCGGCCAUGCAACCUAGCCAGCAACAAGCUCACUGGAGAGCAAUGAAAGCACUGUCAGGCCCGGAGCUGGAAGACUUCACUAACGGAUACACGCUACUACAAACCGGCCAUGCCACCUAGCCAGCAACAAGCUCACUGGAGAGCAAUGAAAGCACUGUCAGGCCCGGAGCUGGAAGACUUCACCAACGGAUACACGCUGCUACAAACCGGCCAUGCAACCUAGCCAGCAACAAGCUCACUGGAGAGCAAUGAAAGCACUGUCAGGCCCGGAGCUGGAAGACUUCACUAACGGAUACACACUACUACAAACCGGCCAUGCCACCUAGCCAGCAACAAGCUCACUGGAGAGCAAUGAAAACACUGUCAGGCCCGGAGCUGGAAGACUUCACUAACGGAUACACGCUACUACAAACCGGCCAUGCCUCCUAGCCAGCAACAAGCUCACUGGAGAGCAAUGAAAGCACUGUCAGGCCCGGAGCUGGAAGACUUCACCAACGGAUACACGCUACUACAAACCGGCCAUGCAACCUAGCCAGCAACAAGCUCACUGGAGAGCAAUGAAAGCACUGUCAGGCCCGGAGCUGGAAGGCUUCACCAACGGAUACACACUACUACAAACCGGCCAUGCAACCUAGCCAGCAACAAGCUCACUGGAGAGUAAUGAAAGCACCGUCAGGCCCGGAGCUGGAAGACUUCACUAACCGAUUCACGUUACUACAAACCGGCCAUGCCACCUAGCCAGCAACAAGCUCACUGGAGAGCAAUGAAAGCACUGUCAGGCCCGGAGCUGGAAGA